CUGACCGGAAGUAGACUACUCGAAAGUCAGACACCGCUUCCGGUGUCGCCACCUUCUUUGUCUCUGGCCCAACAUUUCGACACCAAGGGUUGUCUAUUUUUUCCCCUUUAGGUUUGAGGAUAUAUAUACACAUAUAUCCCUUGUUUUCUGAUAUUGAAUGACAGUCGACUCUGAAAUAUUUAUGCCUAAAAAUAAAGCGCCAAAAAUGGAUGAUCUGGACUACAUCCCAGUAGACCUGAGCCCAGAGGAGCGCUCUGAGCUGGAGGACAUCCGCAGGAGGAAGGGCGUGCUGCUGCAGGAGAUCCAGAGACUCAGAGAGGAAUUAAGGGAGGCAAUUUUGGAGGUGGAGGGACUGGAGACGACCACAGAGGGCAGUAAAACUCUCCAGAAAAGUAGGCAUGUGGCAAUGGGAAGGAAGAAAUUCAACAUGGACCCCAAAAAGGGCAUUGUGUUUCUGGUUGAAAAUGAGCUGCUCAGACACACUUCAGAGGACAUUGCUCAGUUCCUCUAUAAAGGAGAGGGCCUCAACAAGACAGCUAUAGGAGAUUACCUUGGAGAAAGGGACGACUUCAACAUUAAAGUUCUUCAGGCUUUCGUUGACCUCCAUGAGUUUACUGAUCUCAACCUUGUCCAGGCCCUCCGACAAUUCCUGUGGAGUUUCCGUUUGCCUGGUGAAGCCCAGAAGAUUGACAGAAUGAUGGAGGCCUUUGCUCAGAGAUACUGCCACUGCAAUCCCGGCGUCUUCCAGAGCACUGACACAUGUUACGUCCUGUCAUUUGCCAUCAUAAUGCUGAACACAAGCCUCCAUAACCCAAAUGUAAGGGACAAACCUGGUUUCGACCGUUUCAUCUCAAUGAACCGAGGCAUCAACGAGGGAGGGGAUCUGCCCGAGGACCUGCUCAGAAAUCUCUACGAUAGCAUCAAAAAUGAGCCCUUCAAGAUCCCAGAGGACGAUGGUAACGACCUGACACACACCUUCUUCAACCCGGACAGAGAGGGCUGGCUUCUCAAACUUGGGGGACGGGUUAAAACCUGGAAACGACGAUGGUUCAUUCUCACAGACAACUGCCUUUAUUACUUCGAAUACACCACAGAUAAGGAACCACGAGGUAUCAUUCCCUUAGAAAACCUUAGCAUCCGUGAGGUAGAAGACCCCAGAAAACCUAACUGCUUUGAGUUGUACAUCCCCAACAACCGCGGUCAGCUGAUUAAAGCGUGUAAGACGGAGGCUGAUGGAAGAGUAGUGGAAGGAAACCACAUGGUGUAUCGCAUCUCCGCCCCCACACCUGAGGAGAAGGACGAAUGGAUCCACAGCAUCAAAUCUGCUGUCAGUGUCGACCCCUUCUACGAAAUGCUCGCUGCCAGGAAGAAACGUAUAUCACUGAAGAAGAAGGAGGAACAACCAUAGAGUAUUCACUUUAUUCUCUGUGGCUGUCUUCUUUUGUCCUUCUCAUCCCUCCUUCAAGAACUGGACAGACGUUCCAUCUUUGCUCCCUAUUACCCGGUCAUAAGUUUUGUCACCCCUCUUUCCCCCUGUCCCCAAACGCAUCCUCUGCCUGAUGUAAGGACUCUUGCUAUCCUGUUUACCUGACUCUUGAAAGCCACACUCAAAGUGAAACGCUCACCCACUGUCUCUCUUGUUUUCCUUGGUUCUUAUACUACUGCUGUUACACACAACCUAACACACUACAACCAGAGCACACCGUCUGUCCCAUGUUCUCACCACAUUCCUCUCUCCUUCAUCACUUGAUUAGGUGAACUGUGAAAUGUGUCUUAGACCAUAUCUACACUAAAGUUGGUGAUUUCAAAAACACAUUUUUACCUGUUUUGGCCCCUUCAACUACAUUUAGCCAACUUCCCAACUGAAGCACACAAAGAAUUGUUGUGAUUUCAGACAGCUGUGCGCCUUAAUUCAUU